GAAAGAAAAUAUACUUUUAAAAUGUUGCACGGCAUGUCGCGACGUCUGGCGUCGCUGGUGGGGCGCCAAGGGCACCGCCUAGCCGCCACACUGCCCACCAAAGAGCCGCAGCCCAACGAGGAAGUAAGCCACACGGUCAGGAGGAUUCGCGAGGAGCUUGCCACCGACAAGCAGAGGCUGAAGUGGCGCACACCGAUCGGAGACAGGCCCGAGGAUUGGAACAGCAAGCUCAAACUGUUCUCCAACUCCGAGCAGACGUCAGAUUUUAUAGUAAUGAUGCAGCGGCCCAUUGACCUGUCGCCCACGAAAAUAAAGGAUUGGUGGGGGAAUCGCCAGGAGAAGAUCGAGCGCCACAUGCAACAGUUCAUACCGGAGCGGCACAAGAUUCUGGGCGCAGAGCUGGCUGCAGCCCAUUUCAUACUAUAUCGCGGCGGUGCCGCCAAGUUCUUCAACGAUCCCCGCUGGCAUCGGGCCGGCGAGGAUGGGGAAUUUAGUUUGCCCAACAAAUUCCAUCCUGGGUACAAAGUGGAGGCCCUGCGGUGCGACAACAUGACGCUCUACUACGAGGGAUUGGAUAACUUGCGCUGCCUCGACCAGCUCAAGUUUCUAUCAUUUCACAAUGUGAAAACCUUUGAUGACUGGUGCCUGGACCGGGUUUCAGGUGGCGAGUAUCCACGUCUGGAAGUCCUGGACCUAUCUGGCACUGAAGUAACCACUAAUGGGCUCUCCUGCCUGUACCGUCUGCCCCAGCUGAAGCUUCUAAUCGUAGAUGAUCCCAAGCAAUCGGUGGAAAUGGAAUUGGCCGCGGCCAUGCUCGAGGUGGCUCUGUCCCCUCUGAAAGUUGUUGGAGCAGAUGCUAUUCACAGCCAUAGCUAAAUUUGUUAUUAUAUAAUUACAUUAUAUAUAAAAAAAUCAAAAGAAAAAUGAGCGUUUAU